GUCAGCUGGUGGCGGUAAUGAAGCAGGUUGAGGAAGUAGAAGAAGCGACAGCAGCAUUACGGGUGUAGCAUCGCCAUUUCACUCUUCAUUCAUUGAUAUCGAGGCCUACGUUGCUUUAGGAUACACAAAACGUCAUCAUGGUGAAAAUUUUUAUCGGCAACCUCGCCUGCAAUACCACGCCUGAGGAGCUGCGAGAACUCUUCGAGAAGUACGGCAAAGUCACAGAAUGCGACAUUGUCAAAAACUAUGGAUUCGUACACAUGAGCAACAUGACCGAAGCAGAGGAGGCCAUUCAAAACCUCCAUCAGCACCAGUUGCACGGCUGGCGCAUGAAUGUGGAGCUGAGCAAAGGGAGGCCCCGGUCCACCACCAAGCUGCACGUCAGCAACCUUGGGGAGGGAGUCAACAGUGAAGUUCUGCGGGCCAGGUUCGAAGAGUUUGGCCCGGUGGUGGAGUGUGACAUAGUGAAGGACUACGCCUUUGUUCACAUGGAGCGGAUUGAUGAUGCCAUGGACGCCAUCAGUAAGCUGGACAACACAGCCUUCAAAGGCAAGCUGAUGAGCGUACAGCUGUCCACCAGUCGGCUUCGCACUGCCCCUGGAAUGGGAGAUCAUACUGGCUGCUUCGUCUGCGGGAAACAUGGUCACUGGUCGAAAGACUGUCCAACCGGUCGGAACGGUAGCCAGAGCGAUGGCACAAGAGGUGGCAGCGGCCGGGCUCCCCCACACGGUCCCCCAGGUUAUGGCAGGGGCAGCUAUGCGAUGGCCUCACCUCCAGUAGCUGAUUACUCUGCGUAUAGUCAGGCUAGUUACAUGGGUGGCUUGCCGCCGCCUCCCCCUCGUAGGGUUAGCAGCUAUGGCUCAGAGCUGGGGGAUCGAUACGCCAGCAGAGCAGCGUACGCCUACGCUGACAGGUCAUCAGGUUAUGAUCGCGACCAUCUCUACAGCAGUGCUGACUAUUAUGACAAGUACAGAGCUCGCUCUUUCGGCUCAAGUUACUUCGAGGAUCGUCGCAUGCCCUAUCCUCCCCCUCCUCCCCCUGCUCCCCCGACCACGCUCUCAUCCAGUAUAGAUCCAUAUGACCGCCAGCCGCUGGCUCCACCUUCCUCCCAAACCACAUCUGCUGCAUAUUAUGCACAAGACCGCAGCGCACUCAGACGAGUACCAAUCUCAACAGGCUACACCUAUGAGCGAACACAGCUGUCACCAGUAUCGGCCUCCAGGAGCUCCUACGCUGUUCCACGACCCAAGGAUCAUUAUGCACCACGCUAUACGCCUUACUAAAGCCAUGGUGCCAAGGUCUGUUUGUGAACUGCAGGAUUUUUCCUUUGCUGCCAUUUCGUCAAACCACACGCCUCCAUCAGUCUGCGUGACGUGCGGCAAAGAAUACGCGAAGCAGAAAUUCAAAAGAAAUGUAUUCAGUUGUGUCAGCAUCUUCCGUGCACCUAAGAUGCCAGUGGCCUGCAAACGAAUCAUCCUUUUAGUCACGUUUACUUAGCCUGUUUUCGGAAAGGAUGAUUAGCACACAGCACUGUUUGACAUUUAUGAUGUAUAAAACAAUAAUUUCCUCACUUGCUCUGCAGGUUUUCAACUCAGUUUUUAGUGUUUGUGUUUAUUCCCCUCAUCUGCUCAUCACUUGAAGCAAAUUAUAAUUGUUUGGCUUCUGUUCUAUAUAAUUUAGAUGUGUUCUUGUUUCAUAAAUAUAUGGACGCUUACUUUAUUUUUGAACGGGAAGUGGGUUAGUAUGGAUUGCUUGUAGCGCUGAAGAAUCCUUUGUUCCUCUAAAGCUGAUAUGACUCGGUAACAUGGAUGUGGAUAAAGAAAUGUUUGACUAAAACAUUUGUGAAAAAAGAUCCUCAUUGACAUCCGACAGUGUGCUGCAGGAUUCCAUGACUCUUAAGGUAUGUUUUAUUUCAGCUAAAACCGGACAUUGUUUCCUUUGUACACAAAAGGGUGACUGACGUAGUAAGCUGUCGAGUGGGAAAGAAAGCUUGCAAACCCUUCCUUCUGUAGCGCGAUUCACACAAAAGACGAUAGAAAUAAUCUAUAUCCAGGCAGCUGACCUGACUUGGAGUUUAGAUCAGAUGUAGACGAACUAUCAAACAUUCCAGCCUCUUCAUUUCUUUCUGUUUUAAUGUGUCCCCAGAAUAUAGAAUCGAUUCAUUUAAAAGUGUGUAAAGCCAAUAUUUUUCAAAUAAAAGUGUUGUUGGGUGGUACCAAAACAAGAAUGUGAGCUGACGUGCAUUGUGCAGUUAAGCAGCGUAACUGUUUUCUUUCCACUUGCUGACUGUCCCCCAUAGUUGACGGCAGAAAAUAGUUGAAUUUUCCCCUUGGGUGUUUCUGGUAUUCAUAUAAUGCAACAUAAGCAGAUACAGAAAUGUGAGGCGGGACUCAGGGUUUGAGCUGUAGGAGUUGUGAGGCACUUGUAUUUUGUAGAAGGUGCCUUUGUGUGUUUUGCAUACAGGUGGAAUUGAAGUUUUAUAUUUUUCGUACUAACCAAAAUGACCAGCACACAUUCAAAAUGAUUUUUAAUAAAGCCAGAAUUUGGUGA